UUUUCCUUUUUGAGAUACUAUUCCCUAUUUCCUGUAGUUUGUCUCUCUUAGAUUCAUGCCCUUGACUCCUUGACCACCCUGGCUCUCGGCUUGAUUGAAGCACAGACGUUCAUCUGGGAAACGUGGGGGCUGAAUGGGCAUGUACGAUACGGCCCUGUGUUCCAUCAAUGAUGUCAGUUGACUCGUACCCCAGGUCUUGAGCUGGCUCGUCUCAGCGUGUGCUUGCCAACCACAAGGAACGACAAUUGCAGAGCAGCACCACCGACUCAUUGAAACGGCGCGGAUCCCUGCUCCCUACGCUGCUAAUCCCUUUUUGACGGACUGUGCCCCCGCCUGAUGGCUGGCUUCGCGUCAGGCGUCGCAGUUCAGACGACGGGAUCAUGCGCCGUGAUGGAAUUGUUGGGCCUGUCAGACGCUCGCGCCUCACCAGCCACCAUCAUCCCCAACCAGUCGCCUCCAUUGCAGUCGUCAUCUCCAUUCAAUGUCCUCCCCAGAAUCUGGAUAGAUACAGCCUCGGCCAUCCAGGCCAGCGGGAGGGUCAAGACCGCCGGUAAACACUCAUGGCUACCGUUUGUUUGUGAAACUCGUCAGCAACCUUAUUUCUCGAGCGACAGGCGCCUCGUGCAGUUCAACAAUGGAUGACGACAAUGGCCUUGGCUGGCCCAGCACCAUUCGCCGCCUCAACAUACGUAUCACCCUCGGCCAAAGCGAGCCCCAUCCAGACCUAGCUUCCAGAGCACCUCGAGAACCUCAAGAUGCGCCCUUCACACACCCAGAAACGCCUCCGAUACCGGCCCCCAGCGCGGGCGCGAUGCAGGCAUCCGACGAUGCCGACUCGGUUCCGCGCAGCCGUUGGAUGACCUUACUCCCCGACUCGACUCCGCUCUCGGCCCUCACGAUCCCCGGCACACACGACUCCGCCGCCCGCAUAUCACUCCCGUUCGUCCAGACCCAGACGCUAAGCAUAACAGACCAGCUCGCGACCAUGGGCGUUCGUGCGCUCGAUCUCCGUCUGCGCCGCGACCCGAGCGAGGGAGACAAGCUUUACUGCUAUCACGGCGGCGUGCCGCUGGGUCCUCCCUUGGGAAGGCGCCUGCCCUUGGACGAGAUUAUGGCUGAAAUCUGGCGCUUCCUUGGGGAUGUCGGCACAGAUAGGCCUGGUGCGGUCAAGGACAGUAGCGCCACGGCGGAUGGGCGUCGAAGUGGCGAGACUGUACUUGUCCUGAUAAACAAUGAUGACACUUCUGACGGCCGCGACCCGGCAGGCCGUGCAGCCUUUUACCACGCAGUUGAGGAUUUUGUCGCAGCCACGCCGCCGUGGCAAGAUGGAGGGGCAGAUGAGGCCGCAAAAGGCAACGGACAGGGGAGAGCUGAUUCGAGAAGCGGCGUCUCAACACCCCGCUGGUACACCGAGGCAAGGACGCCUACGCUGGGCGAGGUGCGCGGGCGCGCCGUCCUCUUGCGCCGCUUCCCGUUGCCUGACCCUGCCGGGGGAGUUAGCCCUGCGGAACCCCUCGGCCUCGACCUGUCGGCUUGGGUCAACGACAGCCCCGAUUUCACCAUCAUCUCGCCACACAAUCGGUUUAGAGUCCAGGACAAAUGGCUAUAUCCCAAGCGGGUGCCCCUGGAGGAGCUCAUCGCUUCCAAGAGCGCCCACGUCAGGUACAUGAUCGAGCAGGCUGCUGCCGAAAGCCGACGGAGCAGGUCGAGAAGGCUGCUGCGAGAGUCCGGAGAGGGCACAGGCGCUCACCAAGACGAUGAUGACCUCUGGUAUAUCAACUUUUGUUCGGCCGUUGGGGAGCGGUUAAAAUACGGAGAGGUAGCAGACCCCAAAUCGGUGGCGGCGGGCGCCUUUGUCGGCUGGGGGCGGAAGUGGCUGGACGGCGUCAACGCCUUGACUGCCGAGUACGUGACAAGCACUCUCCCCGCGUUAGACAAACAGGCGAGCAGGGCGCUUGGGAUUAUCUACAUGGACUUCCCGGAGCUGCCUGUCGGCAACAGCCUAGUUGGUCAACUGAUACAGAACAACUUUUAGCAAUCCUUGUGAGAGGGUGCUUUUGUAAAUAGGCGGCAUCGUCAGCAUAGAUAUACACAGAUAUACCCAGAUAUACCGCAGGAUAGGAGCAAAUUCAACGAUUCUAUGCGCGCAA